UCCACCUUGCUGUGGUGGGGGGGCUUAAGUAGGAUCAGUGAACUUCAUACUAAUGGAUAUUGUAGUUUUGUAAUAUUCAGCAAAUAAAUUAUACAAUAAGAGUGAGAUCCGAAAACAAAGAGAAUCCCAAGUUACAUUAUAGCACAGUAUAAAUUGUGAAACCUAAUGUCAAAGUGGUGUGAGCUAUCCGUGCCGAGGACUGAAAGGUUGGGGGUUAAACCAGCCGUUUACGAGCUCCCUUCGAUGCCCAGGCCAGGUCGAUUGUAUAAGUGCCUUAUCUUGGUAAGUCGGCUCUGCCAGGAUUGACUAUUAUUCCGGACAUACUCGUGGGAAAUAUAAUGGAGAAUGUAAAUCAAAAUAUAUUAGAAAAGGAAUUAUCAACCGGCUCCUCACCGGAGGAUAAUAAAUUAAUCUCCAGUCAGGAGAAAGAGGAAUCUAUUGGUGGUAGCAAUAUGAAUCAGAAUGAAUUACCACAAAUUGAACUAACUGAACAUACAAUACAAAACACUGAAGAAAGCAGUCAUAGUUCCAAAAAGAGAAAAUCAAGGGGACCUGGAUGUGCCUUUAAGAAAAGAUAUUCGAAGGCUAUAUAUAUUUUGGACAAGAUUGCUCGGAAUGAAGCAGAAGGUAAAUUCAACGAAAGAGAUAAAGGAGAUAAAAUCAGAUACCAGAAGGUAGUUGAGGAAUACAAUAAUUAUAAAAAUUCAUUGUACUCUGAACUCAGGAAAAGAAUUAUAUACCCAGAUAAACAAUCCACUCAACAAGUGCAUAAAAGAGCGAAAGUUGACGAACCGGAGAGAACUGUCAGCACAAUAACAUCUACUACAUAUCAGAUUCAGAAGAGACAUAUAGAUGAAGAGUCCUAUGAUAAUCUUCGGUUUGCGGUGAUAAAUAAAAAAGGUACUAGCCUUAAACUGUCGAACGAAAUGUGGAGUAGGAUUGAAGCCGAAUUAUCUAAAAUGGUUAUUGACGAGCUUCUUGCAACCGGUGGAAAACAGCUUUUAGGCUUUGAUUCUUCAGAAGUAAUUAGGGGUUAUCGGGUAAUUAAAUGUGAGAAUGGCCCCUCUGCAAAGUUUCUUAGAUCAUGCGUUGCAAAUAUUGAUAAAAAAUGGGAUGGAUGCCAGAUUGACCUUAUUCUUGCUAAGGAUAUUCCUAAAGAGCCUCGGGCUCGCAUUUGGAUUCCAAAAACGGACAUUUCAGGUGACAAAUUGCUUAAAGUGUUGAAAAUUUCAAAUCCUGAAAUUCCAAUGGAUAACUGGCAAGUAAUCAAAAAAGAAGAACCUCAAAAAUAUAGUGAAUCAUUCUUGCUACUCAUAAAUGAGGAUAGUUUAAAUUUUCUUGAUAAGCAGGAUAACAAACUGAGAUUCGGUAUCCGUUACGCCAAGUUAAAGAUUUUCCGAAUAGCGGAUCCUAAAGAAGAAAGCGUGGAAGAGACAAAUCAGUUAUUAGAGCAAAUACAGGACUUUGUUUAGCUGCCGAUUAAACAAAAGAAGUGAAAAACUUCUACCAUUCGGAAAAAUCAUGACAGAUUUGAUGGUGAUGGUGAUGCUGAUAGAAAUUAAAGGAAAAAAAGCAGCAAUCUAAAUACACAACCAAAGGGAAUGAUUCAUUAAAUAUGAAGCGAUAAGAAAAAAUAAUGAUCUCUACUCGUAUUCUCGGUCAUUUUCUGGUAUAAGCAAAAUUUUCUGCAGCAGUCAUAAAGGAAAAAAAAAUGUUUUUUCCCUUUUAUGGAAUUUCUUACAAAGAGUUGCAACCUCUCGAAGUAAUUUUAAAUAUCAAAGAUUAAACUUGUUAAAUUACAUGUUUUUUUUUAUUUUAAAUUGUCGAAAAAAAAAUAUUCAGUCGCUAAUCAAUCAGCAGAAUUAAUUUGAAUAAAUUAUUUAAUGGUA